AUGUCGCUCUCCACCUACAUCAAUCAAAAAGUGCUGGUGAUCACCGUCGAUGGCCGGACGCUUGUCGGCAAGCUGAUCUCUUGCGAUCAAGUCACCAACGUCGUCCUUGCUGAGACUGUGGAACGAGUAAUCCGACCCGCUGAUGACCCGGAAGGCAGUACCGAGCUCGAGCAUGGCCUCUUUAUUCUGCGCGGCGACAAUAUCACCAUCUGUGGGUUGGUUGAUGAAGAGUUAGACAAGAGCAUAGACUGGACAAAGGUGCAUGGGGAGGAGAUUGGAUCGACCAAGCAUGUGUGA